AUGAAUGCCAUAAAGCUCCUUGCGCUGCUUGUGCUAAGCCUCAUGCAGCACCCGCAGAUGGUGGGUGAUGGGCUGAGCGAGGAGACACGUGUGUGCUGGCAGAAGUACGAGGAGAUGCCAGACCAGGAGGCGACUCGGCUGCUGCAGAAGAUGGAGCAGAAAGCAAAGGAGCAGAGUGGCUUAGCCUGGGGGACCCUGAUCUUUUCAGCCUUGCUGCAGUGGCAGUUCUGGGUUGUUGAUGGAGUCCUGAUCCUGCUCUUCAGGCUCUACUGGCGGCUCAGGAAGAGAAGCUGUUCCAGACAUGAUGUUUGGGGUGCAGCAAGCAAUGUCAGCUAUAGGCCAUUGCUAGAGUCCUGGUUCUGCUCUUUGGACUUUGCCAGUGGCUCAGGAAAAGGAGUUGUGAGCCCUGUAGCAAUGGUGAAGAAGGGAACUCCAGCAGAAACUCAUAGCAGGAGAAGGAUGAGGAGUGGGAGAAGGAAGAAAGAGCAGGAGAAGAUCCUCAUGAUGACAGGGAUCUGGCCAGCCCCUCCAUGGGCAUGCCUUCCACCUGGAGCUGGGAACCACACACAGGAGGUGCUGGCAAGAGACUCCUGUGUCCACGUGGAGCUGGACUGGACCCACACAAAGGAGCGGCUGGUGGACAACCUUCUGUGCUUCCUCCACCACCCUGAUGAUGCACUGAGGAAAGCCCUGUGUCAACCCCCUACCAGAAGAAUAAAGGUCCCUGAGAUUCAGCAGCAUCUGCACUCCUCGGAACCUCUGUGGGUCCAGCUGCUGCUCCUCUGGACCCACAGGGCUGGAGCCCCUCAUGUGAAGAAACACGGUCAUGGCAGGAUUCCUGAUCCAGGGAGCAAAGUUGGGUUAGCAGUUGGGGCAACUCCGAGGGUUGCGGUGACGAGGGCAGAGAGAGGUCUGGGAGCUAGGCUGAACGAGGGUAUCAGAAAUGAGCCUGUAGUCACAAGAUUUUUGGGCAGAUUUAUGGAGCAUCUACAAUCCCCAGAAGAGGUCAUGAUAGAGGAAGAGUUUGACAUGGUAGAUGAAGAUUGGGGUAUCAGAAAUGAGCCUGUAGUCACAAGAUUUUUGGGCAGAAGACUUGGACUCUGCAGUGUUAAUAUCCCAGCGUGUGCUGCAGAGACCUGGGAGUUGAGCCCUAGCUCUGUUGGCUGGGCACUGCGUGGCUCCUUUCUGGUGUGCAGCGCUACUCACACAUUUCGCUCUUCUGCCUCUCCCAAACAAGUAUGUUUUUGUGGAAAAGUAACUAUUCAUUACAGACAUGGUCUUCCUGUGAUAACUCUCACGCUGCCCUCAAGAAGCGAACGCUGUCAGUUCACUGUUAAGCCAAUGGUGACCACCAUAGGGGCAUUCCUGCAGGAUCUGCAGAGAGAAGACAAAGGAAUUCAGAGAGCACAAGUCUUAGCAACAGAUGGUAGCAAGGUCUCUGAUGCAACCUUAAUGGAGGUCUUACUGAUGAAUGACUUUAAACUUGCUAUCAACAACACAGCAUACAGUGUGUCACCUCCUGUAAAAGAUAAGCUGGGUAGUGAGCAUGCUACUGAAAUGGAAGAUAUUAAAUCCUUGGUUCACAGACUCUUUGUGGCUCUACAUUUAGAAGAUCACCAGAUCAGGAAAGAGAGAGAAUUGCUACAGAAACUAGACCAUCUGAAAGAAGAGCUGCUGCCUCUUGAACAGAUGAAAGCCAGAAUCGCAGACAAUGCAAGUGCACAGACCUCCAGGCUUCUGUGGGUUGGCUUAGCUCUGAUGUCAGCACAAGGGGGAGCGUUGGCAUGGCUCACGUGGUGGGUCUACUCAUGGGACAUCAUGGAGCCAGUCACAUACUUCAUCACUUACGGGGGUGCCAUGGCUUUCUAUGCCUACUUUGUUCUCACUAAACAGGACUACAUUUACACUGACGCUCAAGACAGGCAGUUCCUCCACUACUUCUAUCGGAAAUCCAAAAAGCAGCAUUUUGAUGUGGAACGAUAUAACAAGCUCAAGGAAGACCUAGCAGAGGCAGAAGAAUCCCUGAGGCGUCUGCGCCAACCUCUGCACCUGAGGCUUCCAAUCCAGGAAAUCAAUGACAAGGGCUGACGUUGGUUUUGUAUAUAUUAGAAUUACCCUUUGAAAGACAAUAUGAACAUUUAGUUACACUAUAGAAACUGGAUAUUUUUGACCACUAUAGUUUUGAAAGUUGCAAUAAAUAUCUAUAAAAAGUAUUUGGUC